AUGGCUCAUCAACUUUGUGUCACGACAGCUGGCAGGGUCUGGUUACCACAUGCUCUACAACCCAUUCUCUCUCUUCCACUCUGUGUGUUCCCGGCCAUCCCUCGCUGCAACCCUCAGGAGAUAGAGAGUGUGGCGGACGGCAGCAACAAGGAGGCGGACAAGUUCCGCGCGCUGCUGCGCUCAGACCCCUUCUACUACUCCGUGGGCCGGGCCAUGCGCUCCCACCAUGCAGCAGUAGCAGCGCAGGGCGAGCGGGCGAAGCAGCAGCGGGAGCAGCUGCAGCAGCAGGGUGAGGCGGAGUCAUUCCGGCAGAUUGGGGAGCGAGUGGAGAAGGAAGUGGAGAGGCUCGUUGCCAGCCAUUCUGAGCGUGAGAGUGAAGCGUUAGCAGAGGCAGCUGCUGCCCCUGUGCCACCUGCAGCAGGACCACCCAAGGCCGCCUCCCCUGCAUCAAUGGUGAAACCACCUCGUCCUCCCUCACCCAGGAAGCUUGUGGCCCCUGCACCACCACCACCACCCGCUGCUGCUCUUGAGACGUCUCAAAAACACCCUGCACCACCACCCACUGCUGCUCGGGCACCAGAAGCAGCACGUGCAAGAGGAGGCUUGGCAGCCGUAGGUGCAGUGGGUGAGAAUGUAUCAGCAGGCUCUCAAGCUGUCCAGUAUGGGCAGCUACAGCAGAGGGAUCCGGCAAUCUUCCAUGCAGUUACCACCCUUGAUAGGGCCAUCUCCUUUAUGCGAGCCAGAGCAGCAGCUCAGCGCCAGGCAGCAACUGCUGCUGCAGGCAGUGGUGCUGCUGCGCUCCCAGGCCUGGUACCGCCGAAGCAAGAGGUUUGGAGCUACAGUGGCCAGCUUCGACCCGCACCUAGGAAGGGUGAAAGCAGAGGAGAUGGGGAUGCAGGGGAGACUGGUGGGAUUGGGGAGGGGGGGACUGAGGAGAGGGUGUGGAUACUGACCAGGGCAAUAUCGGCAGGUCCUGCUGAUCAUGCAAGGGGUGUGGCGGCUGUGUGUUUGGAUGGUUUUUGGACGUUACUGGACAGAUUUUUUCCAAGGGGGGUCGAGAUGCCAGAGAUUGAUGGGCUAGUUAGAGGCCACUGGGCUCAUCCGCACAAGUACGAAGCUGGUGUGAAUGGUGGAAACACACAAAAGACCGGGGCGCAGACCGGCUAUUGGUGUUGCACUAAUGGUGGGUGUGGGUGCUGGUAUGAGGGAGAAGUGCUAAAGCAUGCGAUGGAUGGGUACUUGGCCAAACCAAUAGACAAAGAGCAAUUCUGA